AUGGAUACACCUCGUCGUGAAUUAGGUGCAGGGAUAAGAUCACCAGUACCACGAACCCCGAAACGGUCGGGGUCGUCUGAAAGUACUUGGUCUGUUGGCGAGACCUCGAGUGAGGAGAGUAAUUCAACUGGGAAGACGAAAUUUUGGAGAACUCCCAGGGAAGAAUCAAAGCAAAAUGGAGGAAGAUUGAAUAGAUGGAAGAUGAGGGCGAGUGUUAAAAUUGGCAUGGGGCUGAGGACGAUUGAGAGAUGGAGUAGAUUGAAAUGCUGGGUAGAUUGGAAUCGUGCAAAUAGAUGGAUGACAAGAGUAAGAUUGAAGUUGAAAAAGACAGAGAGGAAUUUUAGUAUAAGUACUCGUCGUCUUUAUCGUCUCUUCGUGUUGAUGGUAGGCUUCUGCUUUAUAUCAACACUUUUCUUCUAUUCCUUUCCUUCGUCUGCUUAUACUUCCUCGUCGUUACCCGACGUCCACACACUGGGUUCAUACAUCCCCGUCCAACCCUUUCUUCUCUCCUCCCCACCCCCCAAAUCAAAAGCUCAAAUAAAAAAAUCCGAUCCCAUCAAAUGGCUUAAAGAAAACUCCCACAACCGCUAUGCUCUCACCACUCCUUCGAAAUCAUGGGUCUCCCAAAUAUCAGAAUGGCGAUCUCCCCGUCCCAAAGCCGCGCUCAUUUCUCUCGUGCGCAAUUCCGAACUCGAAGGAAUGUUGCAAUCGAUGAGACAGCUCGAAGCGAGAUGGAAUCAUAAAUAUAUGUAUCCGUGGGUAUUUUUCAAUGAUGAACCUUUUUCGCGGGAAUUUAUAGAUAGUACGAGGGAGGCGACGAAGGCGGAAUGUCAUUAUGAGGUUGUACCGGAGGAGUAUUGGACCAUGCCGGAGUGGGUGGAUGAGAGGAGGUUCAUGAAUAGUCUUGAUUAUCUGGGGACGAUUGGGGUCGGUAAGGGGUGGAUGGUUAGUUAUCAUCAUAUGUGUAGAUGGAAUAGUGGGUUCUUUUUUCGGAUGAAGGCUUUGGAGGGGAUGGAGUGGUAUUGGAGGGUUGAACCUGAUGUGAGUUUUUUUGUUUUUUGGGCAAACAUAUCUCGAUCGGUCCAUUUCUUCUGCAACAUCAACUACGACAUUUUCCGCUUCAUGCGCGAUAACAAUCUCAAAUACGGAUUCAACAUGAAUAUCCUUGACGACGCACGCUCAUUUCCAUCUCUCUGGUCUAAAACACGUGCGUUCGCAACCGCAAAUCCGGAUCUUCUCCAUCCGGACGCGGAUCUAGAUUGGUUAUUAGACAAAGGCGAAUACAAUAAUUGUCAAUUUUUCUCAAAUUUCGAAAUUGGGUAUUUCGAAUACUUGGAUAAGACGGGAGGAUUCUACUAUGAGAGGUGGGGAGAUGCGCCGGUGCAUACGCUUAGUGUGGGGAUGUUUUUGGGAAAGGGUGAGAGUUGGUGGUUUGGGGAUGUAGGAUAUCAGCAUGGGAUUAAUAGGGUGUGUCCCGGCGGGAGAGAAAGAGAUUGUGCUUGUGAGGAAACGGGGGUAGAUGAGGGGUUUUAUAAGUUGGUGCCAUUGGAGAGUCCGCAGAGGAAACCAAGGGAUACGUGUAUUAGAGGGUGGCUAGGGGGAGAGUGGGUGAGGAAAAGGGAGGGGUGGGAGAGGGAAUUGGAGGUGGCCAUGGGGGGUGAUGGGUUUGGGGGGUAUGUUUUUGGGGGGGAAGGGGUGACGAGUGAAGUGUAA